AUGGGGGAUUUUCCAACCCCCGCUGCCGCCACGAACGGCAGCAGCAUUUGUCUCAACAAUAACCUGAGCAGCAGCCUCGGCGGGGCCGGGAUCGGCGUGAACAGCGCUCCCCACGGGCCUCCUCCCGGCCACAAUGCUACUCAUAGCGGCGGCGGCGGCGGUGGUACUAACGGGAGCGGCGGCAUUCCCAAACACAGCACCGUGGUGGAGAGGCUCAGGCAACGCAUUGAAGGCUGCCGGAGACAUCACGUCAGCUGCGAGAACAGGUACCAGCAAGCCCAGGCCGAGCAGCUGGAGCUGGAGCGAAGGGACACAGUGAGCCUUUACCAGAGGACCCUGGAGCAAAGGGCCAAGAAAUCGAGCUCCGGCGGUGGCAGCAAGCAACCACAUUCGAGCAAACAGCCACAAGAUGCCGAGCCUGCUACAGCCGAGCAGAGGAAUCACACACUGAUCAUGCUUCAAGAGACAGUGAAAAGAAAAUUAGAAGGAGCACGCUCACCCCUCAACGGAGAACAGCAGAAUGGUGUCUGUGAGAGAAGUUUCUCUCCAACUAAUAAGCGGUUACGGAAAGAUGUACCUGGGAUUGAGAGAGUCAACAGUUUGCCAAACAGUUUGCCUUUAUCUUCUAUUUCUCCUCUUCACCAGCUUGACCUAAAGCCAUCUUUGCCCCUGCAAAACAGUGGAGCCCAUGAGGGUACGCUGGAAGACCUAGGUAAAAAUGGUGGACUUUCUGACCUAAAACUCCCAAUCAAUGGAUGUACCGAGCUUGAAGAUAGUUUUAACAUUCUGCACAACAGUAGUAGCAACAAAGAACUGAAACAAGAGCCUUUGGAUGAUCCUAACUGCACUGACAAUUCUGACACAUCCCUUUCUAAUCAGAAUAAACUCUUUUCAGACAUUAACCUGAACGAUCAGGAGUGGCAGGAAUUAAUAGAUGAGCUAGCUAACACUGUUCCAGAAGAUGAUAUACAAGAUUUGUUCAAUGAAGAUUUUGAAGAGAAAAAGGAACCUGAAUUUCCAAGACCAGCCACUGAGAUUCAGGAAAUUGCCAGUGUUAAAAGUGAUCCAUGUCACUCUCCAUUUGCUCACUUACCAAUAGGCUCUCCCCAGGUAAGACCUUCAUCAUCAGGGCCUCCUUUUUCAAAUAUCCCUACGGGUUCCAGCCUGCCUUCAGCCUCUAAUGGUCCUCCUGCUCCAAGCCUGGACAGUUCACUAGCAAACUGUAUGGUUCAGUCCCCUCAGACUCCCAACCAAGCACAUCCCUCAAACCAAACUCAGUCACGACCAGGCAAUAGUUUCCACAUGAAUCCAACAACAGUGACAACAGCAGGCCCAGGGCCUAGCCAAGUGACUGUGACUAGCACUGACUUGUCUCCAGCUGAGCAGUUGAAACAGAUGGCAGCCCAGCAGCAGCAGCGGGCUAAGCUCAUGCAGCAGAAACAGCAGCAGCAGCAGCAGCAGCCACAGCAUCCAAACCAAGUAUCUAGCUGGUCUCCAGUGGGACCUCCAUCUAGUCCGUAUGGAGGACCUUUCAGUACAGAUAAACCAAAUAGCCCAAUGAUGUACCCCCAAGCCUUUAACAACCAAAAUCCUGCAGUGCCUCCCACGGCAAACAACUCACAAAAGAAUACAAUGAAUAACUACCUCCCUCAAAACCAUAUCAAUAUGAUUAGUCAGCAGCCAAAUAAUCUGGGUACAAACUCUUUGAACAAACAAAGCAAUAUGCUUUCUUAUGGCAACACUAAGCCUCUGUCUCAUUUCAACGCUGACCUUAGUCAAAGGAUCACUCCACCAAUGUCCAAUUCCAACAAGAGUCCCAUGAUGCCAUAUAUGCAGCAACAACAGCAACAGCUUCCCCAACAGCCACCAGUUCAGGCCCAAAUGACAUCUUUGAGUGAGGAGCAGAAGCGCAUGCUUAUUUUGAAGCAGAAAGGAAUGAUGAACCAGCCAGUAGCUUAUGGAACUCUUCCAUCUCUAGGUCAGGACCAGCACGCUGUGGGAUUGUCUCGAUCCACAGGUCCCAUGCAGUCCGCUGUAUCCUCAGGAUCCAGUAAUGUGGGCACAAAUCCUGGCAAUGCCAAUUUCUUGGGCAACCAGCCUCAAGCAGCCAUUAUGAAGCAAAUGCUGAUUGAGCAGAGGGCCCAACUCCAAAUGAUGGAGCAGCAGAAGCAACACUUUCUUCUAAGAGAGCAACGGCAGCAGCACAUCUUGGCGGAACAAGUAAUCCUCGACUUACAACAGAUUCAGCAGUCACAUUUGCCUCGGCAGCACUUUCAGCAACAGCAGCGAAAUCCUUAUCCAGUCCAACCAGUCACUCAGUUUCCAGGUUCUCCACAAGAUAUAGCUGCAGUGAGAAACCAGACUGCUCUUCAGAGCAUGAGGACUUCCCGAAUGAUACCUCAGAAUGCUAGCAUGAUGUCUUUGGCGGCAUCUCAGAACACUGCAGCAAUAUCUGCAACAGGUAGCCAGUCUGAGAUGGGAAUGACUCCUUACAGCAGCCCAGUGACUGGACAGCCAGGAAUGUACAGUAUGAACUCAGGAAUGAGCCAAAUGUUGCAGCACCCAAACCAAAAUAGUAUAAAUAUAAUACACAAUCCAAGUCAGGGGCCAAGGCAGCCCGGUUCAACACAAGGAGUUGGCAUAGUCAGCAGCUUUGGUCCAAAUGUUUUAGUAAACUCUACUGUAGCUCAACAACAUCAGCAAAUGAAAGGACCUGUGGGACAAGUUAUGACCAGAUCACAAGCCCCCAGGCUUCAAAAUAUGAUGGGGCCAGUCCCACAAGGAACACCGAAUUGGCAGGUAAGAGGACUGCAAGGUAUCCCUGGAAGGACUAGCAAUGAAAUUGGAUCUUUCAAUAAUGGAUCUGCUUAUUCAAUGCAAUCAAGUCAGCCAAGGCUGCCUAAACAACAUUUUCCUCAAGGUAUUGGUCAAUCUAUUAUGGAUACAAAUGGAGCAGUACGGACACUGAACUCAGGUGUAGGGAGACAGAUGUUGCAACAACUCCCUGGACAACAAGGAACUAAUAACCAAUCCAGAUCAAUGGUUAUGCCUACGAUAAGUCAGGCAGUUUCUUCUCUAACUGGUUUUAAUCAAUCUCCUGCACAACAAAUACCUGGAAGUAGCUUCAAUCAGAGCAGCCAAGGUCAGAUCUACGAGAGGAAUCCCACUCAAGACAUAUCUUAUAGCUAUAGCAAUGAAGGAACUGGAGGGUCCUUUCCAAAUAUAACUGAAAACACCAAUCUUGUAGACUCCAUCAUUAAAAGUGGUCCAGGAGAUGAAUGGAUACAAGAACUUGAUGAACUGUUUGGAAAUCCAUAGCACAUGGAGAUGUUUAGUUCCAAUAUUUGUGGGGUCAAAAAAGGAAAGCA